GCGUCUGCCGUCCCUGGUGGCAGGAGGAGGCCGAGCUGCGCAGUGAUGGCACCAAGUCCACCAUCAAGCCCAGCCAGAUGUCGGUGGCCCGGAUCACCUGCGUGCGUGGGCAGGGCCCCAAUGAGGGCGUCCCCUUCAUCGAUGACUACAUCUCCACCCAGGAGCAGGUGGUGGAUUACCUGACCCAGUACUCCGGGAUCAAGCCAGGAGACCUGGAUGCCAAGAUCUCCUCCAAGCACCUGACCACCCUCAAAUCCACUUACCUGAAGCUGCGUUUCCUCAUCGACGUGGGCGUCAAGUUCGUGGGCCACGGGCUGCAGAAGGACUUCCGUGUCAUCAACCUGAUGGUGCCCAAGGACCAGGUGAUCGACACCGUGUACCUGUUCCACAUCCCGAGGAAGAGGAUGAUCUCCCUGCGCUUCCUCGCCUGGUACUUCCUGGACCUGAAGAUCCAGGGGGAGACCCACGACAGCAUCGAGGACGCGCGGACGGCGCUGCAGCUGUACCGCAAGUACCUGGAGCUGAGCCCGCAGGGCUCGGAGCCCGAGGAGUUCCGCAAGGUGCUCAAGGGGCUCUACGAGAAGGGCCGCAAGCUGGACUGGAAGGUGCCCGAGCCCGACAGCCAGAGCAGCCCCAAGCGUAAGAUGCCACUGCCACCCCCUCCCUGUGUCCCCUCUGCCCCCGCGGUGUCACUGCAGAGGGGGCUGUGUUCCCCCCUGGCCACUGCCCCCUUCCCCUGUUCCUUCUCCGUGUCCCUUCUGUCCCCUGCAGUGUCACCGCUGUCCCCACU